UCUUUCUUCUGCUCCUUUUAGACCAAAAGUUACCCACAUUUGUUCUCUAUAUAAAUAAAAAUUAAUGUUUUUCAUGUGUGAAGAUUGAUCUGAAAAUGACGAAGAAAGUGGUGGUUUCUUUCUUGUUAAUGAUGUUCAUGUUUUUUGGUUUAGUAAAAGCAAACAUAUAUGAGGUUGGUGAUUCUGCUGGUUGGACAAGCACUGGGCAAGUGGAUUAUAAGAGAUGGUCAGCAUCUAAGCAUUUUCAAGUUGGAGAUGUUCUUCUGUUUGAAUUCGAUCCAAAAUAUGAUAAUGUGGUACGAGUGACAAAGGAGGUUUUCCAAGCAUGCAAUGCCUCAUCCCCUUUUGGUACCCCAAGCACUGGCAAGGAAUGGUUCUCUCUUGAUGUUGAAGGCCACGUCUAUUUCAUUUGCAGCGUUCCAGGCCAUUGUAAGGCUGGUCAAAAUGUGGAAAUCCUCGUUCAUUCGGCGGCUCCUACAACCUCCCCGGCCGCAUCUCCACCGGCAAUUCUGGCUCCAGCGCCGUUGAGCCCUCAUAACUCCCCAGAUUCAGCCCCUAGUAAUGGAUCAGUUCUGCAGUUCCCAAGCUUUUUCUUGUCAUUGGGGCUACUCAUAUUUUCAAUGUAUUUCGUCGCUUGUUGCUACUAGACAAUCAAGGUGAAAAAAAAUGAAUUGCUUGGAUUUGGAAGGUCUAGCUGAAAUUGGUGGAAACCAGUGAAAUAGAAUUUAUUACCUUAAUCUUAGCGUCGGUAGAACUUUGAAAUUUUAUGGUUCAGCUCGAGUUUUCUAAAGUUUUUGUGCCAA